AUGGUUUCUGUUGUACGGCGCUUUCACUCGGUUUUGGCAUCCAGCCAACUGGCAGCUCUCGAAAGCUACAUCCGAGCGCCCAAGCGACUCGUGCUUGAAGACAAGUUCAGUGUCGAAAAAGUCUCCGAUUUAUUGAUUUCCAUUCCCACUCGAGAUGGCACCCGUCGCCCUUACCAGCCACCCAAGUCUGGCGACCUAGUGGGAAAUGGCUGGCAUCUAGCCUUUUUUCAUCCCAGAACACCCGAAAGCCAGCUUGCAGAAGACGGCACGGAUGGCGUCGUCGAAUUCGGACCACCAAGUCCGUUUACUCGACGAAUGUGGGUCAGUGGCCGCAUAUGCUGGGAUGUGAAUCAUCCACUGCGCGUCGGAGACAAAGCCAUUUCCACUUCGCAUUUUGGAUCUGUCCAAAAGAAAGGCUUUGAAACCAGCAAUCCCAUGGUCUUCGUCACACAGAAGAUAAAUAUAACGACCGCGGGGCAAUCAACCUCUUCGAUAACCGAAGAAAGGUCGCAUGUAUAUGUGGGCGAGUCCGUAGCUCCCUCUUCAACUCCGCGAGUGGUCAGAGACAUCCCAGCCACUUCAGACUUUUCUUUUGGUUUUACUCCGACGCUUACGACUCUUUUCCGUUUCUCAGCUCUCAUGUUCAACGCCCACCUCAUUCACCUUGAUUUAGACUGGGCCCAGGCAAAACGCGGCUACCCAGAGAGGCUUGUUCAUGGUCCACUCACAGCACUGAUGAUGCUCGAAGCCGCCCAGUUGCACAAACCGGAGGCGGAGAUCAUUGAAUUCGACUAUCGUGCUCGGAAUCCCAUGAUAGUGAAUGAAGGGCUCACAUUUAAUGUGAAAUGGGGAGAGGACAAUACUGCGGUGUUGUGGUGCGCGAACGAAAAGGGUGUUGUCGGUAUGACUGGGGCGAUCAAGAUACGCGAACCAAUAAUGGCACCGAAGCCCGCAUCCACCGCUGGAAAAGCACCUGCAUCGACUGCUGGCAAAGCUCCCGCCAAGAGUGAAGGCUCGAAGGCCGGGAAGAAAACCGCCACCAAGAAAUCGGCAGCACCAGCUGCUGACGGCGAGAAGAAGAAGCGCAAGAAGGUCCGCAAGGAGACGUACUCGUCCUACAUCUACAAGGUGUUGAAGCAAGUCCACCCUGACACUGGUAUCUCGAACAAGGCCAUGGCGAUCCUGAACUCGUUUGUGAACGACAUCUUUGAGCGUAUUGCCACAGAAGCGUCGAAAUUGGCCCAGUACUCGAAGAAGUCAACGAUCUCGUCGCGCGAAAUUCAGACGAGUGUUCGCCUCAUUCUACCUGGAGAAUUGGCGAAGCAUGCUAUCAGUGAAGGCACCAAGUCGGUCACUAAGUUCUCGUCGGCGACUACCACCAAGUGA